GUGCCCUGGGGUAGGUCCUGUGACUGAGCGCCUGGCCCAGCUCAGAGCACAGGGAGCGGAGUUCUCAUUUCCCUAGAUGUCCCGCCGACAUGGAGGAGGUGGACAAGAUCCUCAUACGUUCCCUCCGCCUCUCUGGGACGGAUGUCCCGGAUGAAGUGCAGAGCGUCCGCGAGUUCACCACCGAGCUGAUUGUCGAGUCCGUGGUGCGAUGCCUCCGCGUCAUCAAUCCUUCAGUGGGGGCGGGCCUCAGCCCCAUCCUGCCUCCAGGCAUGUCUGCUCGUUUCCGGAUUGGCAUGAGCCUGGCGCAAGCCUGCCAGGACUUGGGAUAUCAAGGGGAAAUUGGCUAUCAGACCUUCUUGUACAGCAGUGAGCCUGAAAUACGCCGCUUGCUCCUCUUCCUGGUCGAGAAGCUGCCGCGGGAUGCCUCAGAGGAUGCCGACCAGCCUGUGGGCAAAUCCACGGCGCUUCACAGAGCCAUUGCAGCUGCUAUCAAGGAGCAUCUGUCUGUCCCAUGGGUGCCCCCUGUCUGCCGCACCCCCCGCCUGCGGCUAUUACAGGGUUCGUGCCUUCUGAAGCGAUUCCGGGCUCAACCCUUGGUCCUACCUCAAGAGUCGGGCCCAUUCAUUGGGGAAGUACCCCAAGAGAGGAAAGAGUUCUUUGUCAAGUACCUGCCGCCCGUGUCAGCUCAGCUGCCGCAGCCUUCAUCCUUGGUGCCAUCCCUGUUGGAGCUUAAUAUGGCUGAGCUGAGCACAGCCCAAGACUGGGAGAGUGAGUGGAAGAGCCAGGGUCUGGGAUCGCGCAUGACGCCAGAGGAGUACCGCCAAUGGAAGCGUCAACGGCUGCAGCGUCGCCUUCUGGACCAGCUACGGCAGGCCUCUCCUUGUGCUGGGUCCACCCACCAGGGGACAACAGGCCGUGACCUGAUUCAGCUCCUCGGAACUUUUGGUGCUGGCCAUGAGCGUGCUGGCACUCUGACCAAGGGCUCUCGCUUCACCCAUACUCAGCGCCUGGCCUAUAAGCAGGAAGCAGAGGCCCCGAUGCACGUGGAGACGCUGCCCAUCUCCCGGACAACAGAGCAGGAGUUACGGGAGCAGCAGGCAGCAGAAGUAGAGACCUUGGAAGGAGAACUGGACCGCCUUGUGGGGCAGAUUGAAGAGCUUGAGGGCCAGAUGUCCACACUGGGGCUGACCCUCACACAGGUGGAAGGAGAGGUGCGGCAGCGGCAGCUGGGAGUGACGGAGCAGGAGCAGGCCCUGCGCGUGAAGGGGCGCACGGUGGAGCUGUUGCCCGAUGCAGAGAACAACAUGGCUAAGCUGCAGGUGGUGGUUGAGAGCAGUGCACAGCGGGUGAUCCAGCUGGCCACCCAGUGGGAGAAGCACCGGGUGCCGCUGAUCCAGGAAUUCCGGAACCUCAAGGCCCUUCAUGAUUCCAAGGAGCUGGAAUCAUCGCGGCGCCUGUCACAGAUCAGGGAGCUGCACGAGCGGAUCCGAUCUGCCGCUGAUGAGGCGAAGCGCAAGGAUGAUUUCUACAAACAGCUGAUUAUGGAAUUAGAAUCCCUUCCCAAAGAUGUCUCCCGCUCUGCCUAUACCCAGCGCAUUCUGGAGAUAGUCAGCAACAUCCGUAAGCAGAAAGAGGAGAUCACAAAGAUCUUGUCUGAUACCAAGGAGCUCCAAAAGGAGAUCAAUGGCCUCACUGGGAAGCUAGACCGGACUUUUGCAGUCACGGAUGAGCUGGUUUUUAAGGAUGCCAAGCGCGACGAGGCCGUGAGGAAGGCUUAUAAGUAUUUGGCAGCCUUGCAUGAGAACUGCAGUCAGCUGAUCCAGACUAUUGAGGACACAGGCACCAUCCUGCGUGAAAUCCGGGACCUAGAGGAACAGAUUGAGAGUGAAACCAGUAAGAAAACCCUGAGCAAUCUGGAGAGGAUCCUCAGUGACUACCGGGCCAUGAAGCAAGAAAACGUGGCGCUGCUCAGCCGUUCCCGAGAGACGUAAAGGCCCUCAUCCCCCCCACCGCCAACACACAGCCAUAGGGUGCUUCUGGGGCCUGGCUCCCCUUUUUUUCUAUUCAGGCUCUGCUGUGCCUCGAACAAGGAAGGGGCACGGGGAGGGAGCGGGCCUCAUCCUUCCAGGCACUGUUUGCAUUCUGAGCUGCCUAAAACCGACCCAAAGUGCAGCCCGUUUUGAGUGAAGCAGACCUCUUUGGUGCCAUCCUUCUGGCAUAGAAUGUAUAUCGGCGAAGCAGAUGCAGGGGUGGGUGGGUGGGUGGCUCGAGGCAUCGUUUUCUCCCAUUUAUUAUUUCAAACCAAGUCCCUGUUACUUCUCCUCUCCUCAAAAAAUCCAAACAAAGCAACAAUAAAAUCCCCCUUUCUUUUCUUUUGCAGAGUCCUA